AUGAUACUCUUUAAUGUUCUUACUCUUUCUUUUGUCUGUGUCAAUGCUUUUUUAAUGAAAGACAAUGUAAAACUUUCGGGAACUAAAAACUCAAUCGAAAAUACGGAAUUCAUGUCGAUGCCCAAUUAUACCUCAAUCGCAUUAGAAAUUCAGACCCUUCUUCUUAAACAAAAAAAGACUGUGUCAACCGCCGAGAGUUGCACAUCUGGUAAAAUUGCUGCUGCUCUCUCGUGCAUUUCCAACGCGUCAAAAGUUUUCAAAGGUGGGAUCGUUGCCUAUUGCAACGAGGCAAAAGAGAACCUUCUGAAAGUUCCUCACCACAUUAUUGCCAAUUACACAGAAGUUUCUGAGCAAACAAUCAAAGAGAUGUUAAAAGGUUCGAUGAGUGCUUAUCGUUCUGAUUAUGCGAUAGCUUCGACUGGUUAUGCUGAGCUUGACAUAACCGCUCCAAAAGAGCGACAAGGUCUUAUAUAUAUUGGUGUAUCAAGUAAAGACAAAUUCUCAAUAAAAGAGCUUCAUGUCACUGGGGCUCGAGUAGAUAACACAAACGAAGCAGUUACUGAAGCCCUCACAUUAUUUGUUGAGUUUUUGAAAGCUGAUAAUUAA